UGCGCGGCUGAUCGCAGUGGCCACCCUUCUGCCCUCUGAGCCACUCGGGCUCCCACCCGCAGCCCGAGCCAACGCGCUUCUCCCGCACGCAGCGAGCCUGCUAGCGCAGCGCCAGGGAGACGAUGGGGACAGUUUAACCUAAUCCUGUCCGGGGCCUUAGAUCCCACCCUGCAGGCAUCGUGAGAUCCUAAUUAUCCUCCAUCCACACACAGUUGUGUGCCCCCGCAGGGUCUCCUUGCCUCCCCCGGGCCCGCAAGCUCGCCUAAAUUCGCUUCCCAGUCAGAGUAGCUGGCUCUGUGCUCUCCUGCUUGGCGCUGCUGCUUAGCUUUGGUAGGACUUUUGUUGUUGUUGUGCUGGAAGCUGGGGAUCCAUUUAGGACCUUUGCUGGCUUGGUUUGUGGAGGAUUUACUCUGUGACCAUGGAGUACACAGCCUCCCCCAAACCGCAGCUCUCCUCCAGAGCCAACGCCUUCUCCAUCGCGGCUCUCAUGUCAAGUGGCAGCUCGAAAGAAAAGGAAAGUGCGGAGAGCACCAUCAAACCUCUGGAGCAGUUCGUGGAGAAAUCCUCCUGCGCCCAGCCCCUGACCGACUUGGCCAGCCUGGAUCCGCACGGCGAGUUCAGCCCCAGCCCUUCUGCCCUCUGCACCGAGCCCCUCAUCCCCACCACCCCCAUCAUCCCGAGUGAGGAAAUGGCCAAGAUCUCCUGCAGCCUGGAGACCAAGGAGCUGUGGGACAAGUUCCACGAGCUGGGCACCGAGAUGAUCAUUACCAAGUCUGGCAGGAGAAUGUUUCCUACUAUUAGGGUUUCCUUUUCGGGAGUAGAUCCUGAGGCCAAGUACAUAGUGCUAAUGGAUAUCGUUCCAGUGGACAAUAAGAGAUAUAGAUACGCUUACCACAGAUCCUCCUGGUUGGUAGCUGGAAAAGCUGACCCUCCACUCCCUGCAAGGUUGUAUGUGCACCCUGAUUCUCCUUUUACCGGGGAACAAUUAUUAAAGCAGAUGGUGUCCUUUGAAAAAGUGAAACUAACAAACAAUGAACUGGAUCAACAUGGGCAUAUAAUUUUGAACUCCAUGCACAAGUACCAGCCCAGGGUGCACAUCAUUAAGAAGAAAGACCACACUGCCUCUUUGCUAAACCUGAAAUCUGAAGAGUUCAGGACAUUUAUCUUUCCAGAGACGGUUUUUACAGCAGUUACUGCCUACCAGAAUCAGUUGAUAACCAAGCUGAAAAUUGACAGCAACCCUUUUGCUAAAGGAUUCCGGGACUCUUCAAGACUCACUGAUAUUGAGAGAGAAAGUGUGGAGAGCCUUAUUCAAAAGCAUUCCUAUGCACGCUCCCCCAUCAGAACCUACGGAGGAGAAGAUGAUGUUCUGGGAGAUGAGAGCCAGGCAACACAAAACAGAGGAUCAGCUUUUACAACAUCCGAUAACUUAUCUCUCAGCUCCUGGGUAUCCUCUUCAACCAGUUUUCCUGGAUUUCAGCACCCACAGUCUUUGACUGCCCUUGGUACCAGCACUGCAUCCAUAGCUACACCCAUUCCUCAUCCAAUCCAAGGAUCUCUGCCUCCAUACAGCCGUCUGGGAAUGCCUCUUACACCUUCUGCCAUAGCCAGCUCAAUGCAAGGGAGUGGCCCAACGUUCCCGUCAUUCCACAUGCCUAGAUACCACCAUUACUUUCAACAGGGGCCUUAUGCAGCUAUUCAAGGACUGCGUCAUUCCUCUGCAGUGAUGACUCCAUUUGUAUGACUGACAUCAGACAAGAGAAAUCAAGAUUUUAAAUGUGAAAAUUUGCCGUGACAGUACAGCAGACCUUCUUGAAUGAUCUCUGGUGAAAGAGCUGAACUCCUAACAUACCAGCUAACAAUGCAUUAUGGCUACAGAUUCCUCCAUUUAGGGAUCGUGGCAAGAAGGAAUGCAACUUGGGGUUGCAAAAGAAGCCAUCUACUACAGCAAAAUGGAUCACAAAGUUCACAGGACUUUUAGCCAAUUGCUGGUUAAUGCAAAGGUUCAUUUUGCCUGGUGGAGUAAGAAGGUGCGUUUAUGCAGCAAUGUACAAAUUAAUUGUGUACAGUUUUUUUGCCCACAUGCUAAAAGAACCCUGAAAGAGGCAAUAUUCUUACUAGACUCCACGUCAUCUUUCCCCACGAAUACUGAGAGCCAAUAUGGAAAGAUGUAUUGCUAUAGCUUUGAGCAUGUUUAGGUUAUCACUGCAUUAGUUUGUUGGGAGAAGGGUGGGUGGGUUGUUCUUUUAAAGACUGACUUACUUUAGUAAGAACAGUUUCUUGGUUCCAAUGGGGAACUAUCAAGAAAACGUGAUCACAAAACAAGUUUGGAAUUCUUUAUUGUCUUUGAGUUCACAAAGUUAUCGUUUCAGAAAAAAAGACUGUCUGAGAACUAUAUAAAAUGUUUGAUUCUGUGCUUUGUCUAAAAAUGAGCUCACAAAUCCCAGAAGGGGGCAAUUUAGCAUCUGUCUGGAGUGAUGGAGGGAAAUAUUUAUUCUGAAGGAUCUGUUACUUUUAAUCUGAAAAUGAAAGAUCUCAAAUCUUCACCCUGAAUCAUUUAUCUGCCACUGAUACUAAAGGACCGCACUCUCCAGAUGUGCAUUUGUAUGUGAUAAAGGAACAGAGCCAAAUUCUUUUACUAUAAAGAUCUGCACAGUGGAUCUCAGUGCAUGGCCAGCACAAGAAUUUACCAGCUUAUCUGAUUUUUUCAUUGUGAUGGGUAAUGUUGCCAACUGUGCUGCCUGCCAGGCAGACCAGAGCCAAAUUCUGGGCUAACAUCUGUCCCAUUUUGAUCUGUGGAGUGGUCUGGAAUAUAAAUCAGCACAUAAUUUGGCCCAUAAUAUUUUACUCAUAUCCAUCUUUUGAUGGUUUCUAAUUUAAAUAUGGCUGUGUUAACAACGGGUCUCAUUCUGGCUGCAAUCCAGACUUUCUGGGUUUUUUUGUCUGUACUAUAAUAAUGUAAUUAGCAUAAUUGCUCAUAUUUGCUCCUGGGUAGAAAGCCACCUUGAGGACUGGGCACCACUGAAGUCUUAAGAGAGGUUGAUGCCUUGUGCUGGCUCUCUGUAUGGGGUUAAUUUCAACAUCUGUGAAGAAUAAACCACAUUCAGAUGAAAGAGAAGGGUCCAAUCAACUCAGCCAUCAUAUAGUUUCUGUACAUCCAUAAGAAAUACCAUAUGUUUAUUGACCCGGAGUUCUUAUACCCUAGUCAUGACUUCUAUAAGGGGCUGUAGUGGUUUAUCUGAAGUAAGGCUUCAAGAGUUCAAGGCCUGUCUUCAUUUUCUUAUUCUGUUAUCCCUAACCAGUGUAUAUUACAGCACUGUGCAGUUAGAGACCUCCAUAUUUUAUGCCAUGUGCCAUACAUCUGGGUGAAGUGAAAGACAUGUCAUAUGAAAGUCUUCAGUCUAUAGCCUAUUGACUAGUACAAAAUGCUGUAACACCAUCUCACAUUUUGCCCGAUUCUUUAUUUUAUGAGGCUGCAAUGGAACACAAAACAAAGAUGAUAUUUAUGGCACAGAUGACAACUAUUUUGAUAAAUCACAAAUGGUGGCUUUUAAAAUCUCCCCAGUUUUUGUCUUGAAUAGGUACCAUUAGCUCCGUAAUUGUAGCAUUACUUUGUCUUUGCCCAACUUUGCUUAGGGAAUACUACAAAGACUGAUGUAAAAGUAUCCAAAGCAACUGAGCGUUUGUUUUGUGGUUUUUUGAAUGGGUGAAGAUGGUGAUCCAGUCAUCAUUUUUGGACUCAGAUUCCCUAUGGGGAAUGUCACAAAUCAAUAUACAGGGCCAACCCUGUAUGCUUGCUUAGGCUGUUCAGAUGUCAAAUUUGGCCUUCUGUACCUACAUACUGGAGUUCGCUGUACCUAAAUACUGUUGAACUUAGCUGCAAGGUAUUUGUACUGAAAAUCCAUUUUUGGCUAAUCAUGCCCUGUUCUGACAUGAAGAACCCUAAUUUGGGGGAAAAUCUGAGAAUAUUAGUGGAUCAGAUACAUAUGCUGCAAAAGCUAGUUAACAAUACAAAGAUAAUACCACUUAUAUUUUCAGUGCUGAUUUGGAGGGACAAUUGACAGUUUUCUCUCCCCUUUCAACUGUUUGGCUUACCUAGAAUAAAUGUGGCAUUCAUUUUUAACCAGAUGCUAAUCCUACAACAGCUAAUGGCAAAAUCUGUGGGGUAAAUUAUCUAGUGGUGCAUUCAGUGUUACCGUGGGAAAAAUUCAACCCUGUUGCUUUUAAAGCUCUUUUUGUGUGUGUGCACAUACUAGAAAAUGCUCAAGUGAGUUCCUGGGCUCCCUGUUUCCAUUGAUUGAAGAAAUAAAUUUGAAGCUGGUAGACUACAUCCUUUAUAACAUGAGACCAAUCUUCUCACAUUGGCCUCUGUUCCCGUAUAAAACAAAAUUCUAAACAAGUUCUUUGGCCCCUUUAGCUCUUUUUCAUGAGCCCAUCCAAAUAACGCCAAUAUUCUCCAUAUAAAAUUUCUGCUGUGAUGCUAAUAGAAUAUGUAAAUGUACCCUAGGAAGAACUACAACUCUCCUUGAAACAAAUAGGCUGUGUCUACAUUGGGCCACUUAUUCUGGAAAAGCAGCCGCUUUUCCGGAAUAACUUGCCAGCUGUCUACACUGGCCGCUUGCUUUUCCGGAAAAGCAAUGACGAUCUAUUGUAAAAUUGUCAGUGUUUUUCCAGAAAAACUAUGCUGCUCCCGUUCGGGAAAAAGUCCUUUUCCGGAAAAACUGUUCCGGAAAAGGGCCAGUGUAGACAGCACAGUAGUCUUUUCCGCAAAAAAGCCCCGAUCGCGAAAAUGACGAUCGGAGCUUUUUUCCGGAAAAGUGCAUCUACAUUGGCCACGGACAAUGCAUCCUGCCAAUGUAGACACGCUUUUUCCGGAAAUACUUAUAAAGGAAAACUAUUCCGUUUUAAGCAUUUCCGGAAAAGGGUGCCAGUGUAGACGUAGCCAUAUAGUAUCAGAAAAAUGCUAAAAUAUCCAACAAAAGGCAAGUGCUUCUUCAUUAGGAAUAAAACGUGAAAUAUAUAUGAAAAGUAUGGCACUAGUCCUCUCCUCAUGUAGAACUUUCACGGGAGUGGGAAGUUCCCUCAAACUCUGAUCAGACUCAUGGACUACUUCCCACAGCAGAGUGGAAUUUGUCACCCUAUCAGUCAAGAAGGGGACAAGGCUUUUAAACCUCCCUCUGAGAAUCCUACGGUCUCUGAGUAGCCACCCCUCUGUUGUGCAGUCUGACUAGCUCAUCCCUACAGCAGUAUAACUCCUUUUGAACCAUGAACCCAUUGGGUUCCCCUCCAAUGCAGACAGAGAAAACAAACCGCUCAAAGGCAAAAUGGCCAUGGAGUGCCCAGCAGCAUUAAUUCAGGGGGUCUCCACCUUAUGGAUCUUGUGGGAGAGUAGAACAUUGUUACUGAAUGGAAGCCCUCAGCCCAUUAUUGACAUAGGUUUAUUAUUGUGAUUUGCUUGUCUUCUAGCAGAAAGCAGCAUUGAGUGUACCUAGUGGUACCCUGAUUGUACCUUGUGGGUGAAAUCCUUGCCCAGUGAAGUCUGUAUCAAAACUGUAAUUGACUUUACUGGGCACAAGAUUUCAGUUUGCCUUUCCUAUCUCACAAAUGGCACCCAGCUAGCCAGACAGUGACAUUUGUGACUCUACCAGUAUAGGAACUCUACAGAGGAGACUACAGACCAGUUUUCCAGUUGCUUUCCAUUGAUUUUUAUUUUUGUAGAUUAAAAAUUUAGAAACGUAAUCCAGAUAGCUGCUUAAACAUUGACAUUGUUAUGAGUGCUUGAAAACAAAUCCCUGUACUGCUUUGAUACUGGCUCAGUAAUCUCUUCCAGGAACUCCUGUCCUGCCAAUGGCCCAGGGAUAUCACUUUGAAGCAAGUGAUUGGUUGAUGACUGACCAAUGCCAAAUAUAACUGAAACUCUUAUUGUUCUAUGUAUUUCACAUUUUUAUGCCUGACGUGGAACAUUCCUCACUUUUCCAUGCUUUCUUGGCUGUGCAGAAUAGGAGCUGGUCCCUUUUAAGAAGGGCUGGAUGAACAUGCCUGUAUUUGUAUUUCAAAAUGAAUGGUAAGAUUAUCCUCAGUCUAUUGUUGUAUUGCCUGGCUCAGUGUUAUGAAUGCAUUUGGAUGUUUUUUAAAUUACUCUGUUACCCAGAGAAAUUCACAUCUUGUAUCAAUCAAAAGAAUCACAGACUAAGGCAAAUGACUUAAGCCUCUAUCCAAUUUCCUUUUUAGUUCUGGAACACUGUAAUGAGUAAGACAUCAAACACAUCUUAAAUUUAGCUGUUCAGUUCUCAGAAAUGGUCUAGCUGAUCUGUUGCCUGCCCUGCAGGAUAGUCAUGGGUCCAAAUUGAGAGCCACUGAUUGGUAGUACAGUAUCUGUGAAUUGACUUAACUAGUAUAGGGCGAAUGGGUUCAGUUACAAAACUAAGGUGAGAUUGCUUUUCUUUUGGAUAAAAACGGUCUUUGUUAGGUCAAGGAAAACAUUAGAUCUUCUCAACACUGGGGAAAAAUAGUAGUCAUAUUUCAGUACUGGUGCAGUCCCAGCCAAUGUUCCCUCUAAUUUUUCCCACCCCUGAGCAGAAUGAUUUUGGUUAUGUGCACCAAAUGUGGAGUAGAUGUGCAACACAUCACCUCCACAUUGGGGCACAUGAAAAAUUCAUGUGUCGGGAGCGGGGCCAAUGGUUCUGAGUACAAGAAGGGGCUCAGGCCUGGGGCAGAGGAUUAGGGUGCAGGAGUGGGGGGGGGGCGGUUCUGGCUGGUGGUGUGGGCUUGGGGGGUUGAGGGAUGCAAGGGCUCUGGUUGGGGGUGCAGGCUAUAGGGUGGGGCUGGGGAUGAGGAGCUUGGGGUGCAGGAGGAGGCACCAGGUUAAGGAAAGGGCUCAGAGCUGGGAAUUGAUGUGCAGAAGAGGGUACAGGCUCUGGAUUGGAUGUGUGGGCUUUGGGGUGAGGCUGGGAAUGAGUGGUUUAUGCUACAGGAGGUGGCUCAGAGUGGGGCAGGAGGUUGGGGCUCAAGCUUACCUCGGCAGCUCCUGGGCAGUGGUGCUAAGUCAGGCUGCCUGGCCAGGGGUACUGAGCUGCACUCUAACAGUGGCCAGCAGGUAUCCUGGGGGUGGAGUGUGGGGCUUGAGGCUCCAUGGCGUGGUGCACUGCACACACUGCUCUUGCCCACAGAAUGGACAUAGUGCCUGGUGCCCUGUGGUCCCCCUGCCUAGGAGCUGACCAUGCUGCACUGGCUGCUUUCUCGCUGGCUGCAGCAUAGAGCUGUUCCACCUGCAGCCCCCAACCCCUGCGCAGGGCUUCAUGGGAAGCCUCACAGCCACUUAGUGGAAGCAUAUGCCCCACCUAUGGGUGAGGUCCAGUGGAGACAGACUGCAGGUUGUCAUUGGCCUCAUGAUCUGUGCAUAGUCUGCACUAGCUCUUCUCUGGCACUAGUGGAACUACACCAGUACUGGAAAAUCUCUACAAAAUUUCCUAGCAAACACACCCUUAAGGAUAAGGCCUUGAGAGCAAUGGCAGAUGCCAAGGGCUUCUGAAAGCCUGGCCGUUCAUGAAUGCACUGUCUCUUCCUGCACUGCAGUGAAGCAUUCUGAUGACAAGAGAAAAGGGGAAAACAACAUCCCAAGAGUCAGCAAAUAUUCGACAUUUUAAAAAGUCAACUUGUUUUUAAAAACAAAAAGGUGAUUUGAUGAUUUGUUUAGAUUCCACAAGGUCCUAUCUCUUAUGUGUUUGUAUUUGAAGAGGCAUUAGGGUUAGAGCCCUUGUGUUGCACUGGGUGUAUCUUACUCAUUGAAAUGCAUGCUCAUUUGGUGAGGCCUAAUUUUUCCCACUCCCUACUGUCUCUUUCUGCACUAGAAAAUGUGGUUUCACUACUUUGCUUCUGUCCUGCUGUGGGGCAGUAUUUCAGACUCUGGUAAAUUGUCACUGAAUGUGGUUUCUGGUCUGUAAAACAAGAAAGGCAAUCUUUUGAGCUUAUGCAGGGUUCUUCUUCAGAGAACUAUUCAGAGGGUCACAGCCAAAUAUAAGGUGGAAUGGAUGGUUUA